AUGGCAUCCAAUACAUCUCAGUUGCCAUCGCGGUUUCCAUGCUGGUGCCGAGCGGUUUACUCAUGGGGAGGAGAAACAACACGGGAUUUAGGUUUUGUCGAAGGCGAUCUGAUUGAGUGCCUUAACGCGGGAGACGGACAGUGGUGGAUGGGUCGUUUGCGCCGUGAUAAGCGGGCCGUUGGACUCUUUCCCUCCAACUUUGUUGAGCUCAUGAGCGAAGACUUUGUACCCAUCAGCAGGGAUACCAGUCCAAUGGUACAAGCCGCAUCUUCGCCUAUUCACAAUCCGACCUCUGCGCCCAAGAAAGCAAAGACCGUCUUCCGCAAGCCAUUCCAGGCGCAUAAGGAGGCCCUCUCCCCAGCGUCAAACCUAGCUCGCAGCAGAUCAAACACCCCAGUCAAGAGUUCGAUUCCACAAACACCACCUCGAGAUGGCGGCAUUGUUCCUCGAAGUGUCAAGCCUCUUCGAACUCAUGCAUCAGCGGUCAAGAACCAGGGCUCUAUGUCAUCGCGUCCUUCGUCCGUCUCUUCUCGAACUUCCACGCGCGGCAUUUCACCACGCGCAUCUGUGGAACCGGAACGGUCGCCAUCUGCCAUGAUGCCUCGUGGUAGCAUAUCAUCCUCCCGUCCUUCUUCUCGUGAAGUCUCCCCAAUGAUCAGGGAGGUUGCACCCAUGGCCCACGAAAGCUCUCCAGUCUCGUACCAAGCCCAGCAGCAGCAGCGCCGCGAAACCUCCCCUUUGCCACCUCGUGCAACUUCCCCCAUGCCCCAACGCUCCGUUUCGCCAAUGCCCAAUCGCGCGGUAUCUCCUAAUCCUUACCACACACCCUCUGCCAUACCCCAACGAGCGGCUUCUCCAAUGUACUAUGACCACUCUCCUGGUCACCGAGAGGUUUCACCGAUGCCAUACCAUUCGCCAUCAAAUAUCCCUUAUCAACAGCCGUCUCCGGUGUACUACGAUGACUCUCCUAGGCACCGGGAUGCUUCACCACUACCUUAUCAUACGCCCUCAGUCCGGUCUCACCGGGCGCCCUCUCCAAUGUACUACGAUGAUCCACCCAUGCAACGCGAAAUUUCACCAAUGCCCCAUCGUGCUGUGUCGCCAAUGCCCCAAGAGUUUUCCCCUAUGCAAGUGGAAGAGCGCGAAGAUUCCCCUCCCCCUCCACCUCCACCUCCUCACCGAGUCGCUGUCAACCGUCCUCGAUCACACUCGCCCCAGCCGCCUAUGCACGCAUCUCAACCACCCCAACGCUUGCUACGCUCCCCACAACCUCCGGCACACUCCCCAAGGCCUUCGCGCUCACCUACUCCAUUGAACAUGAACGAUCGUUAUGUGAUAUUCUCUCGUACUCCUUCACCAGGAGCAAUGUCUGCACGCUCGGGCAUGUCCGCCCAGUCAGAUGCCAAUGGGAAUACACCAUCCCCGUUGAGAGAUGCGAUGGAAGAUGUGAUGAGUUCAUUGCAAGGCAUGGGUCUACCACGAGAUGCUCCAUCGCCUUCUCCACGACAAGCGCCUUCACCAUCCCCUCCACCGUCAUUCAACAAUCCCUGGUCUGGCGAUGCUUAUGAUGGUUCAAAUGACAGAACACCGCCAGCAAACAGACGUCGACCUUUGACCUCCCUCGGCUUCGAUGGCAGUAAGCAAUCAGCCCGUGGUGAUCUUGUGCACCGCAACAGCGUCUAUUCUCAUGACCACAUGGACGGUCCGCCUCAAUUAAAUAACUAUGUCCAACGUAUGGAAAGUCGUCUUCGACAGCUGGAGUCUCAAAAUCGCCCGCCCGAGGACGAAGAAGCAGGGGACGAUCAGCCUCCCCCGCCUCCCCCAAAACACGCAUCCCAUCACCCACGCAACAAUUCUAUCCCUGCUCAGUAUCCCCAUCUCAGUGAUCGUAGGUCUGGGAAAGAACUCAGAAACGACAGACUGAACCGAACAUUCACGAACAAGUCCAAUGCCACAAGCUCUAGUGGAGUUCAAAGCAUCGGGACCAAUCAUACUACAAGUACGGACAAGACGGGAAUGAGUGGGUUUUCUGCUGGGGGCUUUAGCGCGACUAGCGCCGGGAGCUACGCGAGACGAAAUGGGGCAUACCAAAGGCCGAACACAGCUAUGGAUACCGUUCGGUCUCGUGGUUUUAGCGAUGCAGGACACAUGGAUAGACCGGAGUCUCCGAUGACAGGUGUAUCCUACCACUCUAGCCACAACACAUCUCGUCAAGGCGCAUCUUCGGCUAUUCCGUGGUCGUCCAAUGACAAUGAUGUAGGCGACGCAGGUGGUGUAUUUGGAGGUCUUUCCACACCGAAGAGCAAGAAGCAGGGCUUCUUCAAAAAGAUCUUUGAAUCCGCCAAGACAGGUGCUGCAAGCGCAAGGAGCAGUAUUUCAGUGGGUCACGGCUCCCCAUCUCCCACAAAGGGUAACAGGGUAGUCGAUGUUGUAUCACCAAUGCUCACAUCUCACUCACAUCGCGAUACGCCGCGUGAUAAUGAAGUCAACACAAGCGCCAUCGACUGGGUUCAAGUUCGCCGUGAUGUCAAUCGGGCAUCAUCCCCAAGCCGAAACGAGAGAAUUGAAAGAGCCGAGCGGUGCCAAAUGAUGGAUCAUCCGGUCAUAUACUCUGUCGAGGAAUUACAUGAUACGGCGGAGGGUGACGAGAGCAUUGACGGUUUACCGAUUACUGAGCCUGCAAACUUCAAUUCAGGAAACUUGACCUUGGUCGACAAAAGUGCUCGCUUCAUAAACAGCGUUCCCCCAACAACAAAUCCCACAAGUCUUGCUCAGGGCUAUAUUUGCCGGCCUUACAAGAGUGAUGUGCAGCGCCUCCGCGCAAUUUUCACAUGGGUCAGCGAAAAAAUUGCGUGGGAAGAACCUGUUGAUGGCAUUGAGGUUGAUAUGAGAAGAGUUCUGCACGCCAAGCGGGGCAGCCCUCAAGAAAUUGCCAUUCUGGUUAAUGACAUGUGCGCCGCUGUUGGGCUUCAUGCGGAGGUCAUCCAUGGAUUCUUGAAGACCCCUGGCCAUGCACUAGAUCUUGACAGCCUCUCCCGUCCCAACCACUGGUGGAACUCAGUCCUCGUUGAUGGAGAAUGGCGCUUCAUGGACUGUGCAUUGGCAAGCCCUACCAACCCUCAGAGAAGCCGCUUUGUUAGUAUCAAUUCUUCCACAGCCGAGAACUGGUAUUUCCUUGCCCGACCACUUGACCUUUGCUAUACGCACAUUCCUCUCUAUCCCGAAGAACAACACAUUUGCCCGCCGAUCUCACCGGACGUCCUAUUGGCGCUCCCCACUGUGUGCCCACAGUACUUCAAGUUGGGUGCCCAAUUCCCGGAUUAUGACACCAGUCUGCUCCAGCUUGAGGGCUUGGAGUGCAUGCAAAUUUGUCUCGUGGUUCCACCGGAUGUCGAAUGUGCUGCCGAAGUUGAAGCUCCAGCGUCCGCCUGUGACGUAGAUGGUGACUUCUUUGAGAGCGGUGACAUUGUGCGCAAGCGUGCCCUUGUUCAGCCGGACUGGGUCCGCGGCCAAAAGCGCAUUACUAUUAAGGCUGUCCUGCCUGGCGACGAAGGACAAGCUGUACUCAAAGUAUAUGCCGGCAAGAAGGGCCUCAUGCAUUCCAGCAAAGACAUUCCCCAUCCGUUGGCCCUCGCUCUCCCUAUGUUCCACCAUGGGGAAAACCCACCCUAUGACUUUGUUCUCCGUCAUCCCACUCCCCAUGCUCAGCGCCAUGACCUAUACAUCAUGCAGCCUCAAUGCUCUCGACUAGCCGUUAACAAUACGUUUGUCUUUGCUGUUCGCCAGCAUUCCGCUUCUCCUCAACCUCCGUCCAAGGACGAGUUCUCGAUGAACGGCCGUGCCUCUCCUUCUGUUUUCACGCGCCCAUCUAGUGCUAUGAGCAUGGUGUCCAGUACCGCCGGUGCAUCAACUGUGUCAAGCAACUCAAACGAGUUCUCGGCAUCCACCUCGGCUAUCUCUUCCACCCGCUCUAGUAGUGGCCGAGACAAACCAGCCAAGCUGGCUAUCCAAUCCCCAUCUGGCAAGAUUAUGCGACUUAGCCGUAAGGCUGAUCACAUGGUAGCACCGGACAAUCCAUCUGACUCUAUCAGAGAUGCUGCAGCUGAGGGCAGUGUAUGGGAGAGUGUUAUCAAAAUUGGCGAACGAGGAACAUGGCGCGGCUUGGUCCUUGCUGACCGUGUAGCGCGCUGGUGUGUCUUCUGCGAGUGGGAGUGUGUAUGA